AAGCCAUAAUCGAAUUCAAUAUACCGUAGAUUUUCUUAAAGGGGAGAAGAUCUACUAACAGAUCUACUAACUGAGCAUGCGCAACACGUACCUCUUACUUUGGCUUCAGUUCUAACGAUAAGUGUAAGGGCAACAGGAUUCAGCUGCUUCCUCCUUUGACAACCUUGUAUUAACAGUUCUAUCGCUCGGCACACAUUUAAAGAUAGUUGUUAAAAGAUUUUUCGAAUUCUUCCAAGUCGAUUGCUAUAUAAUCUACUUGGAUUCCUUCAACAGAAAGUUUGAAAAUUAUUCAUUGCAUUAACGAGGAAUUUCCCGCCUGUCGAGUUCGAAGAUUCGUGUGUCGUGAAAAGGAUCGAUCAAUAAAACUUGUUAUAAAAGAGAAGAUAUAAUUGAUAAGAAAAAGGAAGAAAGAAGGAUGUUCAACACAGAGAUAUACAAAAAACAAAUGGCUGCACGAAGUCCAGCUCUCGUUGCCUUGGAAACAAUAGUCAUGGUUACGAUUACCGUCACGGCGUUGCUAGGCAACCUCAUGGUUUGCUGGGCCGUGUAUCGAAGCAAGAAGCUGCGAACAGUUCCAAACUUGUACAUCAUUGCAUUAGCCAUUUUUGAUAUUUUAAUGGCGAUACUCUGUAUGCCGUUGUCAGUUGAAGUCUUCAUCACUGCAAACUUCGCUCACGGCGAAAAUGCUGUACAAUUCCAGGGAUUUUUCUCGUUCUUCUUGUCUCUCGCCUCGCUUCAAACUAUGACAGCAAUGGCAAUAAACCGGUUUUACCGGAUUGUCAAACCGGUAUUGUUCCGGAAGUACCUUCAAUCUCUUCAGAGUACUGUUCUGUCGUUGGUAAUGAUCGUCGUUCUUGCCACAUUUGGUGCGUGUUUGCCAUUGAUCUUCGGCUUUGCCAAAUAUACUUUCCAUUACGGGAAAGUGUUCUCAUACAUCGACUACUCUACGCCAUUAGCCGCCUACAUCUACACUAUCUUCCUCAAGAUCUGCUACAUUACUAUCCCAACUCUCAUCACUUUAUUCUGCUACUAUAGAAUCUUCGCUACAGUGAAAAACCACACGAAGGAAUUGAUGGCCAACCAACGGAACAACUCCGGAUCCACGGGCGGCGGGCUGUCUAUGAACGUGGAGGAUGUCAACAUCACCAAAGCACUUUUCGCUACUGUUCUUGGCUUUGUCGCGUGUUGGACGCCAGUAGCUGUCGUCGACAUGAUUGACACCUUCUCUAACCAUGCCCUAAACAACCCUCGCGAGGUUUAUUUAUUUUACAUCUACAUGGGUUAUGGAAGUAGUUCUAUUAAUCCUUUUAUUUAUGGCAUACUUAACCGAUCCUUCAAACGAGAGUUYAUCAAGAUAUUUCGACUUCAUUUUUCAAAGAGAUUUAGCAAUGAGACUGAACUAUCGAACUCAGCUAACAAGGUCGCACCAAUGUUAUUGCUGUUCGUGCGACCAGCGAAUGCUAAUGACUUUGUUCGUAAUAAUUCUGAUGCCAACAAGUAGAUAACACCGCUGCUGUUUCAUAUACACCUAAUUCAAAAAACGUUGUCAUCGCCAAAGGCGAUAGGCAACAGGCGAUAGGCGA